AUGGUUAGAGAAUGUAAAGAAAUACCACAAUACAAAAAACAAAUUAAUAAGGCGGAAAGUCAAAGAUUAACUAUGAUGAAUAUGAUAUUAAAGAAUGAUUGGAUGAGAAAUGUCGCUAAGAAUAAUAAUUUUCAACAUCCAAAAGCUAUUUAUUCAAGUAGAAGAUUAUCAUUUGAGAAUUUGCCUCAACCUAAAAAUCCUAUAAUACCAGAAGACGAAGAUGAUCAAGAUGAUUAUUCGUUAAAAGACGUUCAACUUCGUCGUCGGGCAACGACUACUGGCAUCAAAUCCGACAAUCGUCAAAUAAACCAAUUUGCAAAGGACAGACGUAGUGUUCAAAUCCUUUCUUCUCAACAAUCUCAGAAUAUCAAUGCCAUUAUGAAAUAUGCUCCUCAAAUUCCUCCAAUUCAGGUUCCUCAACAUGGACAACUUGAACGAAGCGACACAAUAAUUCAACGUCGUAAAAUUCCUGCUUCACCCAUUACUCCCGUUUCUCCCAUUUCUCCUAGAUAUGCUCCAAAACCUAGUACGAUAGCUAAUAGGAAAAUUAAAAGAAAAAGUAGAACAUUCAGCGUGGAGGAGAGAGAACGAUUAAAAAAUAAUAAUUCACUUAUAUCUUCUACGUCGUCUGCUAACGAUCUAAUUUCUACUAAAAAAUAG